AUGUCCCUCUCCAGUGGGGUGUUUCCUUCCUGCUGGAAAUCAGCUGAGAUGUUUCCAGUGCAUAACAAGGGAUGCAAAAGAAACAUCGACAACCAUCGCGGCAUCACAUCGUUAUGUGUCAUAUCUAAACUGUUCGAGUUGGUCAUUAUGGAACCAUCAGCCUCCCACUUCAAGCAUCACUUGAGCGAAGACCAGCAUGGUUUCAUAGCAAGGCGGUCGACUACUUCCAACCUUCUGUGUCUCACCUCGUACAUUACGGAGAGUAUGACAGACCAUAUGCAAACAGAUGUCAUCUACACUGACCUAUCAGCCGCCUUCGACAAGUUGAACCAUCCUAUAGCGAUCGCCAAACUACGGCAGUCUCCAACGAUGGUUCGCAUCCUAUCUAUCUGA